AUGUGUAAAUAUCACGUCUACUACUACGCUUCUUGUCGACACAACAAACUCAUCCGAACGGACCGAUGCUGGGAGGACCAAGUCAAUGGUUGCUUCACCUGCUUCUCUCUGUCUUCUUGGCUAUACCCUAGCGGUACUCAUUGCAAGGUCACAAUUCGCACGACCAUGACUGGAUCAUGUCGUGACUGCAUCGAACAGCAGAGGAACACCACUCGCGGACACUAUGGCAACUUUGUCACACAGCCAACGUGUGGUGUUGGAGGCUCUCGAGGAGUGAGUCAGGCGCAGGCGUCUGAUUACUCGUGUGGAGGUUUGAACGAACGUCCGGUGAGAGCCCCUGAGAGAUCCUACCAGCCCGAUGGCUAUCAACCGGAGGACCAGAUGGGCUAUUCUGCUCCGGAGCAGAGCGCACCGGAAUCUUCAGGGAUUCCUUCCUACGGAUACGCCAAGCAACUCUAUCGUGCUCGUUUUCUUGGCCAGCCUUCCAGAUUGCAGGUAAGUCACGGAAGAGAUGGAAUCGAGCUGACGAAUCUUCAGUUACUUUCCAACCGUCAAAAUAACAACAGAAGUGUCAACAACUUUUCGGAUCCCAGUCCCUACAAAUUGCAAGUCUCCAACGAGAGCUCCCGUGUAGAGAGCGAAAGUCCGAGGGCGACAUCACACGACAUUCGCGCAGAGCCUAGCCCUUACGAGCUUCAAGCUUCACUCAGUAAAAGCAACAAUGUCCGUACAACGAGCGGGAAUCAGGACAACACUAGCAAUCGGAGGCGACCUCGCCGUCAUGCCCGCCGCCGUGCCCGUCGCGGGAACAUGGACGUAAUGGAUCGUCUCCCUCGUCCCGCGCCAGAACCUAGAGAUGGCGAGCGUCCUCCGGUCCAUGACAGAGUUGCGGCGCUGCGAGGGGAACGGCGUGGUAGGUCCAUGUCUAGGUCAUCUAUUGGCCGUUCUCAGGCGGUCUCGCCACUCACUGAGAGUGAUUUGAGAGCACCGUUUGUUCCGAUCCCCGAGCAUGAUGAGUACCCUGAAUACCCUGGGCACCCUCCGUACAUCUAG